CCUAACCCUUGUUUGGCUAAAGAACUCGCCAGAUUCUGUCGCUCGUUUCUUUGGGAAGAAAAACGAAAAAACAGAAAAAUCACGCACCCAGACCCACCUUCUCUAUCGCCUCCCCGAUUAACGGGCGCCCGCCCUUCUCUUUUUUCUUGUCAUUCAUUGGUUUCAUUGUGUUUUCCGUUGUACGCUAAUUGAAGAAAGCUAUAAAUUAUAGGCAAUAAGGUCUAUACUUCACAGUUUAUAAGUUAUGUAUGCAAGGAGAAUAAAGUAUAAAAACCAGAGAUGGAAUUAUGUGGUUCGACAAGGCAAAUAUUCCUGUAGCUCUAACUGCCGUGAUUAUUCUGUUGGACAACGGUUGAGCCCCGCACCAAGAGCUAGUAGUUUGAUUGAGAGAUAUUUGUCGAAUUCUUCAGUGUUAUUAGGUAUUGCUCCUGAACGAAGGUCCACAAGAUUGUAUUGGAGGUCGGACAAUAGUUGGAGAAAUUGUUUGCUAAGACCUUAUAGUUCCGAAGGUGAUGGAAGGAAUGCAAGCGAGGAUAAGCGUGCUCUUACCAAAGAUGUGGCUGAUUGUGAUAAGGAAAAGAUUCCCAGGGAAAGUACAACUGACAGUGCAAGACAUUCUGAUGCACAUGCUCGACUUGGAGAGCAAGAUCAAAUGGAGUGGCUCAAAAAUGAAAAGCUUGCUAUAGAGAGUAAAAAGAAGGAGUCCCCUUUUCUAAGUCGACGAGAAAGAUUUAGAAAUGAGUUUUUGCGAAGGGUUGUUCCAUGGGAAAAAAUAACUGUGUCAUGGGAUAAUUUUCCUUAUUAUCUCCACGAUCACACUAAAAAGCUUUUGGUGGAAUGUGCGGCCUCCCAUUUGAAACAUAAGAAGUUUACCACUGAUUAUGGAGGACGUUUGACUUCUUCAAGUGGGAGAAUUCUGCUUCAGAGCAUUCCAGGUACGGAGUUAUACCGGGAAAGAUUGGUCAGGGCACUUGCUCGGGAUUUACAAGUUCCAGUAAUGGUGCUUGAUGGCAAUAUUUUAGCUCCUUAUGAUUUUAAUGAAGAUGAAAGUGAAUCAGAUGAGGAAAAUGCUGAAACAUCAGAGUCAGAAGUUGAGGAUGAAAAUGAUGCAAGUAAUGAGGAAGAUUAUACAAGUGGUGGUGAGGCAAGAACUGAUGGUAGUGAUGAUGAAGUUGAUAUCCAUGCCUCGGCUGAAGCUCUGAGAAAGCUAAUCCCUUACAACAUUGAAGAGUUCGAGAAGAGUGUUUCUGGAGAAUCCGAAACCUCCUCUACAUCUUCAACAUCGGAAAGUGGGGAGCCUUCUGAUAAAGCUAACCGUCCACUGAAGAAAGGAGAUCGAGUGAAGUACAUUGGACCGUCCGUUUGCAUCGAAGCGAAUAACAGGAUUGUAUUGGGGAAGAUACCAACACCUGAUGGUCCGACAAAUGCUUAUACUGUUAUUCGUGGCAGGUCAUUGUCUAGUGGUCAACGAGGGGAGGUGUAUGAAGUGAAUGGCGAACAAGUAGCUGUUAUUUUUGAUAUUGGUGGCAAUACAACAGACGAAGUGAAGGAUGAGAAAACUGCAGAAAAUGCUGCAAAACCGUCGGUUUGUUGGCUUCAUGUGAAGGAUAUCGAACAUGACCUUGAUGCUCAAACUCAUGACUGCUAUGUUGCAAUGGAAGUGCUUUGUGAGGUAUUGAAGUCUCAACAACCACUUAUCGUCUAUUUUCCAGAUUCUUCACUGUGGUUAUCAAGGGCUGUUUCCAAGUCAAAUCGGAAAGAGUUUGUUCGCAAAGUGCAAGAGAUGUUCGACCAAUUGUCAGGACCUGUAGUGUUGAUUUGUGGACAAAACAAAGUGGAAACCGGGUCAAAAGAAAAGGAGAAAUUUACAAUGAUACUUCCAAAUUUGGGCCGUCUUGCUAAGUUGCCUCUUCCUUUGAAGAGACUUACCGAGGGAUUAAGAGCCAGCAAACGAUCUGGAGAGGAUGAAAUAUAUAAGCUGUUCACAAAUGUGAUGUCUAUAUAUCCCCCAAAGGAGGAAGAUCUUUUGAGGAUAUUCAAUAAACAGAUUGAAGAAGAUAGGAGGAUAGUGAUAUCUCGAAGCAACUUGACUGAAAUUCAUAAGGUUCUUGAGGAACACGACUUAUCAUGCAUGGACUUGUUGCAUGUAAACACUGAUGGUGUGAUAUUGACAAAAGAGAAAGCAGAAAAGGUUGUUGGCUGGGCCAAAAGUCAUCACCUUUCCUCUUGUCUCCUUCCUUCCGUUAAGGGGGAUCGGUUGCAGUUGCCUCGUGAUAGCCUUGAACUCUCAAUUUUGAGGUUAAAGGAGCAGGAAGCAGCAUUGAAGAAGCCUUCACAGAAUCUGAAGAAUCUUGCUAAGGAUGAGUAUGAGAGCAACUUUGUUUCGGCAGUAGUUCCUCCAGGGGAGAUUGGUGUAAAAUUUGAUGAUGUUGGUGCCCUUGAAGAUGUGAAGAAGGCAUUGAAUGAACUUGUGAUUCUCCCGAUGCGGAGGCCUGAGCUGUUCUCCAGUGGAAAUUUGUUGCGGCCUUGCAAAGGCAUAUUACUUUUUGGUCCCCCCGGAACUGGAAAAACCCUUCUUGCUAAAGCGCUUGCAACUGAGGCUGGGGCUAGUUUCAUCAGCAUUACUGGUUCAACACUGACAUCUAAGUGGUUUGGGGAUGCUGAAAAACUUACUAGAGCACUCUUCUCCUUUGCUAGCAAGUUGGCUCCUGUAAUUAUUUUUGUUGAUGAGGUUGACAGCUUGCUUGGUGCUCGUGGCGGUGCUUUUGAGCACGAGGCAACUAGACGAAUGCGGAACGAGUUUAUGUCAGCUUGGGACGGCUUGAGGUCGAAAGACAGUCAGAGAAUCCUUAUCCUUGGUGCUACAAAUAGACCGUUUGACCUUGAUGAUGCUGUCAUUCGCCGCUUACCUAGAAGGAUUUACGUGGACCUCCCAGAUGCUGAGAAUCGUCUGAAAAUUCUCAAGAUAAUACUAGCUCGAGAAAAUCUGGAAUCUGGAUUUCCUUUUGAACAACUGGCAAAUGCUACUGAAGGUUAUUCAGGGAGUGAUCUAAAGAACCUUUGCAUUGCUGCAGCAUAUAGACCUGUCCAAGAAUUGCUAGAAAAAGAAAGCAAGGGCGACAAACAUGAUGGGCUUCCAGUUUUGAGACCACUCAAGUUGGAAGAUUUUACUCAUUCUAAAGCCAAGGUGGGGCCAUCAGUAGCAUAUGAUGCAGCCAGCAUGAACGAGCUGAGAAAAUGGAAUGAUCAAUAUGGUGAAGGUGGAAGCCGCAGAAAAUCACCAUUUGGCUUUUGACAUCAACAAUCAACUGAAUACUUCAACGUUUUUUUGUUUCCAAUAGAUAGUCGAAAACUGCAGAAAGCUGUAUCCAUGAGGUGAACUUCUAGCCUUUUUUUCUCUCAAUGUGUGAGACACGGAGAGAGACAGAGACCCUCCUAUACAUCACUUCAUUUCGUAGGUUUCCUAUAGGCGUAGACGCAGAGAAAGAACAAGGCUAAUUUGCCUUUGUAUAUUUAGUAAUUUUAACUCAGUAAAUCUUGCUUUCUUGUAAAUGAUCUUAAUGGUCCUAUUUUAGCUGCAGUUACCAGUUAUUCCCAGGGUAGAAGAAGUUCUCUCGCCAUACUUACCAUGACCUAUCGCUAGCAGUCGGUUGUUAUUCGACUACGAAUUUAGUUGUUUUUCUUACCGUUGACAGACACUGGUCGAUAUAUAUCGGAAUUUAGUAAUUUUUUGUACAACAGAAUGAUGCUAUACUGAAGAAAAUUUGGGCUACCGGUUAUAUGUGCAUCAAGGUCAUUAAAUCAUUGUAGUCUAAGUAAGAAUAUAUAUACAAAUUAUCCCGCAAUUGAAUUUAUGAUA